AGUAGCUGCCCCAACCCCAUGAGCUUCUAUGGGGCCCCUACUCCUCGACGUCAUCUUCCUCUUUUACUUUAAUUCACUUGCCUUCUUCUUCCUUCCAUAACCAUGACCACUGCAACACACCAGAUCUUUUCUUCUCUUGCAUUUAACUCAUCUCUUUAGCUUUGAUCUUUUCAAUAAACCAUGGAUGAUGAUGGAUCUGCUCAUAGCUCACUGUUCGGAAACUUAUCCACCGAAGAGGUCACAAGCAAGGUUAUUCUCACCGCAAUCAUUGUUCUCUUCAUGGCGGUUCUUGUCGUUCUUGUUCUCCAUCUCUACGCCAAACUCUACUGGUGGCGAGUAGACCAGCUCCAACAGCAACAGCAGCAAGAACAAGAACAAGAACAAGAUGACCAAUCUUCCAUAGCUCCAACUGUAACCACUCACCGCCAACGACGCCGUUUCAUCUUCGUUCCAGGGCAAGAUUCUCUGUCCAACACUGGUCUUACCCCUUUUGAGCUCAGUUCAUUACCGAUUGUCUUUUUCAGACAAGAUGGUUUGGAGUGCGCUAUCUGCUUGUCUGAUCUUGUCAAAGGAGACAAAGCCAGACUGCUUCCAAAGUGUAACCAUAGCUUCCACGUUGAGUGUAUUGACAUGUGGUUUCAGUCUCACUCAACUUGUCCCAUUUGUAGAAACGCUGUUCUUGCUCUUGAGCAACCUAUCUCAAAGCAAAUCCAACUAGUUUCUGACAAUGCAGUAGAUGCCUUGUCUCAAAUUUCAAAUUCUGUUUCAAGUUCUUCUCCCGAGUUCCCCACCAAUGUCUUGGUAUGGGGUCGUCAGGACCAGGUAAGUACCAGAACCACCAAUGUUGGGUCUCAAGAAGAUGGUACUACUGGUAAUGCUGCUUCACAGAGUCAAGAUGAUGUUGUUCUGGAUAUCAAUGAUUCUACAAUUAGUACUCAUAAUGUACCGUCUUCAACAUCAUCAUCAUCAUCAUCAAUGAGGUUUAUUGUUGAAGAGGAAGAACCAAAAUCUCCAAUGACAACGAGGUUGAGGUCUUUAAGGAGGUAUCUGAGCAGAGACAAGAGAGUCUCUUGCAGCAAUAGUAGCACUAGUGGCAGCUCCAAUGCUACUGCAUUUUCUGUUGAUCCUUGAAGAUUAUGAUUAUAUUAGCUGAGUUGAGUUAAAAAAAAAUUGCCUGUAUAUGUCAAACUGUGUAGUGGUCUGGGCUUGGCUUUGUGUUUGAGAGAGCUUUCUUUGUUAUCCAAGUUAUAUCAUGUAUCUAUUCCAAAUAUCCAAAGCUUUCGUUCUCUAA